GCCAGAUUCAUAUAUUAAUCAACUUGUUAUUCCUGCUGCUGCUACAACUCUGUUUCAUGAGAAUGGGUAUGGCUGUCGUCGAAGCUCGUCAUCUUGCUCACGACCACCAGUUCCAUGUUCUUGCUAUUGAUGACAGUAUCAUCGACAGAAAGUUGAUUGAGAGGCUCCUCAAGACCUCCUCCUACCAUGUGACAGCAGUUGAUUCUGGGAGCAAGGCACUGGAGUUUCUUGGGCUGAACCACAACAACUACAGCAUCGAGAGUGCUGCUCAGGAUGACAUUAGUUUGAUCAUUACCGAUUACUGUAUGCCCGGAAUGAGCGGCUACGACCUCCUCAGAAGAAUCAAGGAAUCCGAGUCUUUCAAGGACACUCCCGUCGUCAUCAUGUCUUCCCAGAAUGUACCCUCCAGAAUCAACACCUGCCUUCAACAAGGAGCUCAAGACUUGUUCCUCAAGCCGCUUCAAUUGUCACAUGUCACCAACCUCAAAUCUCACCUUUUCCGAUCCUCAACAUCCAAUACCAGAACCCACCACCAAAACAACAACCACGUACACUAGCGCUGCAGCAAUUCAACAAAUCCUUUGAUGUGCUCCAUCCUCAUCUCUAUCUAGAUACCUAGCCUCCACAUCCACAUCCACAAACAAAAGCAAAACAAAAAAUACAGACCAACUAUUGGC